AUGUCUGAGCUUGCAGUCGGCCAGACAGUCCAGCUCGCCGAUGGUCGCAUUGGAGUAGUCCGCUAUGUUGGGCAGACCGAGUUCGCAGACGGGGAUUGGGUUGGAGUGGAACUGGACAGCUUCGAUGGUAAAAACGAUGGCAGUGUCCAAGGACAGAGAUACUUCGAGUGCGAACCUUCUAGAGGCAUGUUCCUCCGACCAUCAGCAGCUGUAGUCAUCCAGCAAGCACCAGCACCUGUGCCGAAGGCAAAUGGAGCUGCGGCAAAGAAACCUCCGAGACCGAGCAGUGUAGGAGGACCUGCUGUUGGAAGGAGGUUGAGCACUGUUCCCGAUGCGGGUGCAGGGAAACGGAUGAGUAUGAAUGCUGCAAGUCCAAGUCCAGCGACGAGGUCACGACCAUCCAGCAUGCUACGGUCUCCCACCAAGUCUCCUACCAAACAACUUUCGGCGGCGACCUCGACUGCAUCUACCCCUCGAACUGGAACCCCUUCUAAUGCAAGAAACCCUUCCAUCACGAUGUCGAAACCACGACCCAGCAUAGGAGGUACCCGAACAUCUAUGGGCCCGCCAGCUAGGCCUGCUUCCCAGACACGACCUUCGAUCACAGGUGCUGGGACUCGAUCGACUGCACCACCCUCACGGACAACAAGCGGGCGGACAUCUCUAGCACCAAAGCCAAGGAUACAGACUGGUGAGAGGGUGAAAUCAAUCGGGAGUCAAUUAAGCAGUGCCCAAGCUAGUGAGGGCAGUGGACAAGAUACUGGUGAUGAAGACCGAGGAGCAUCGCCCGUCAAGAGCGACGAGCCGACGUCACCAAAGCCGAUGAGUCCAGUCCUUUCAAGAACAGCAGCAGGAGACCGAUCGCACGCGUCACCCGCUUCCAGUCGGAGUACCGCAUCGCCUGUGGUCCAGCGAGGCACUGGAGGGAGCACAGCUGCGAGCCGGGAGAUCGAGGAUUUAAAGACCAAGCUGCGCCUCAUGGACAAGAAACGGAUGGAGGACAGAGACAAGCUCAAGGCAUUGGAGAAGAUACAAGCCGAAAGGGACAAGUUCGAAGGCAUCAUCCAAAAGCUUCAAACGAAAUACCAGCCACAGCAACAGGAAAUUACAGAUCUACGAAAGCAAUUGAAGGAAGCUCAAACACGAUUCGAAGAAAUUGAGAAUAUCCAGGCCGAACAUGAUAUCGUGGUUGAGAUGGCAACCUUGGACAGAGAAAUGGCCGAGGAGACUGCAGAGGUCUUGAAGACUGAGCUAGAAGCUCUAAAGCAGAAGACCGAGGAGCUGGAGUUAGAGGUAGAAGUGCUACGAGAAGAAAAUGCUGAACUCGGGGGAGAGAUGAGCCCAGAAGAAAAGACUAGUGCUGGGUGGUUGCAACUAGAAAGGAACAACGAGCGAUUGAGAGACGCUUUGAUGCGUUUGCGUGACAUGACCCAGCAGACCGAAUCGGAGCUUCGAGAUGAGAUUAAGAGUCUGGAAGAAGAUGCUCGCGAGCUGGGAUCAGUGAAGGAGCACUACGACGUGGCGAAAGAAAAGCUAGCAUCUUCGGAGGCCGCCAUUGAGGAUCUCCGCCAGCAACUCGACAAUGCCCUCGGAGCUGAAGACAUGAUCGAGGAACUGACCGAGAGGAAUAUGAGCAUGAAUGAGCAAAUUGAGGAACUCAAAGCGACGAUUGAGGACCUUGAAAGCCUCAAGGAGCUAAAUGAUGAACUGGAAAUCAACCAUGUCGAGACUGAGAAGGAGAUGCAAGAAGACAUUGACUUCAAGGACAGCAUUAUAACCGAACAAGCAAGACGAGCUGCCCAGCAAGAAGAGACGAUGGAGGACAUGGAAUACACCCUGUCUCGAUUCAGGGAGCUAGUCACCAAUCUUCAAAGCGACUUGGAAGAUAUGAGGGCAUCACAUGCCAUGACGGAGACAGAGUCGGAGCAGUUGAACAGUCGUUCCCGUGCCAUGAUGGAUUUGAACAUGAAGCUUCAGGUUUCGGCUGCCAAGACACAAGUCAAGACCAUUGACCUGGAACUUCGUCGCUUGGACGCGCAGGAAGCAUCAGAGCAUCUCGCCAUUGUUCAAUUGUUUUUGCCCGAAGCUUUCCAUGGGGACCGAGAUUCUGUUCUAGCUCUUCUGCGAUUCAAACGGGUUGGCUUCAAAGCCAACUUGCUCCACGGUUUCGUCAAAGAGCGAGUGAACGGACAUCCUCCUACUGGGCAUGAGGACGAUUUGUUUGCAGGAUGCGACGUUCUCGACAAGCUGUCAUGGGUCUCUGCUAUGUGUGAUCGCUUCGUCAAUGCCAUCAGCCACUGCACGGCUGAACAAUUCGCCAAGUACGAAGGUGCUCUGUACGAACUUGAGCCGGUUGAGAGAGCCCUUAAUGGAUGGAUCGAUGGCCUCCGACGAGACGAGCUCAGCGAGAAAAGAUGCGCAGACGAGCUUCAGCGUACGAUUGCCCUCAUGUCACAUCUGGCUGAGGUGCAUAUCUCGCCAGGCUUGGCAAGCUAUGCUGAUGAGGUGCACAUGCGGACUUUGGUCAUGCAAAGCCACCUUGAGAAUGCAGCUGCCGCCAUGGUAGCUGCAAGAAUGAUGGUGCAAACUAUUGUUCCCAGUCAAGGUGAUGAGGAUGAAUUGGCCCAACACUUCUCUCGCAAGACAGAAGCGGUGAUCAGCCAUACAAGAAGUGCAAAGGUUGUCAUCGGUAAGGCCGUCAGAGCCCUCGAAGAUCUCAAGACUCGAUCGCUUUCUCUCACCCCGGACACCCUUCAGACAUUUGAGCAGUGUGAGACAGCUACGGAAGAGCUUGCCAACUUUUCUCGUCAUAUCGGUGACGAUCUUUACACUCUUCUCCACGAAGAAGGUAGAACUGAGCCAUUUACCUACCUCGAAGUUCAAAGCACUGUUCAUCGAACUACGUCUAAUUUGUUCUCCUCAAGCGAGUCUGAUCUUUUCUCUACUUAUUCAAACAAGCUACGCACUUUGACGGCCUCAUUAAUGGAUCUGGCUGCUCUUGCAUCUGAUCUUGAAAUGACUCAGGAAUUCGAACGCGCAGCAGCUCCAUGGGUCACCAGAUCGGGAGAACUUAAAUCGUCGAAGAUCGUGCCCGUUGACGCAGAAGAAGAAAUGCGCCGUCUCAAGGAUGAUAACCAUGAACGCGCCAGGCUCAUUGCAAUGAAGGAUCAGACGCUUGAGGAGGCCUCGGUCAAGAUUGAACUUUUGGAGAGUCGUAUGAGGGAUGCGACAAAGAAGAAUGAGAAGAUCUCUGAGCUCGAGAGGAAGAUUGAAGAUGCUAAGAAGCGUGAGGCUGAAUUGACAGAAUCAAUCGAGUCGCAGAACAAGGAACUUACUUCUAUUGAAGCUGACCGAGAGAACUGGAAGAAGGUAGCCGAGGAUGCAAAGGCUCUUGGUGUCGUCGCGCCCGGUACAAAGGCUGGCCAAGAACAGGCUGUGGCAACAGCUCGCGAAAUGGAGGCUCUCAAGACAGAGAUCGCCAGUCUCCAAGCGGCUGUCCGAUACUUGCGAGAAGAUAGCCGACGAGCCCGUCUCACCCAGUCGCAACACUUGGACUGGUUAGAUGCACCUUUGAUCAAGCCCAAGAGUAAGGAGGAGCAGCGGAAGGGUCUCGUUUUAGCAGAAGGGCAAGAUGUUCUCAACGAACUUCUUAAUCUUACCUCGACUGCCAAAGUCUACGAUCUCAGCGCUAUGCCCAAGAAUCGACUUGCAUGGCGUCCAGCAAAGGCCACACCACAGUACCACGUUGCCAAGCAGAGAGAGAACUACGAAGCCUGGAGUAGCUGGAAAGACGGCGUUGUCAAAAAGGCUCGCGUUCUGGAAGAGCGGGAUGCGAAUCGUGCAAUGGAGAAGAGGCUCAGAGGAGGAUUAGCUGCACGAGUUCUACUUAAUUUGCCAGAUCUGGAAGGUAAAGGCGUUCGUCCAGGGGGCGAGGUCGAAAUUGUUAAUCCGGAUGAUUUCGAAGGGGUCAGGGGCAGGCUUGGAUUCGUGUGA